UCAUUCAUCUCCCUCUCAAAACACGCGCACACACACAAACGCGCGCGCGCGCACACACACACACACGCACACACACACACACACACCCCACUCCACUUUUCAGACGCCCACCUCCUACAUACUCCCCUCCCCUAAACUGACUUCCACCCACUCACCAUCUGUAGCCUCCCUUCCGCCCCCCGCCCCUCCUGCCGGGCCCCCCCUCCCCGAGAAGCAGACCCGCACACUGGGAGGCAGGGACCCCCGCCAGACGCUCGGGUCGUGCUCGCGGUACUGACCUCGGCCCGCCCGGGAAACUAACAAAGGCUGUGCUCCAGCCCAGACCCCGAGAACUGCAGGCGGCGGCCGCAGGGCACACGAGCCUGCGCCGCGCCGGGCGAGCGCCGAGCGGGGACUGCUGGGGAGUCGGAGGCAGCGCACGGGCGGACACACAUCUCUCCCGGCCAGCACGGCUCGGACGCCGCCGGCAUCAUGGGCUGCUGCACCGGGCGCUGCUCGCUCAUCUGCCUCUGCGCGCUGCAGCUGCUCUCAGCAUUAGAGAGACAGAUCUUCGACUUUCUUGGCUUCCAGUGGGCACCUAUUCUGGGAAAUUUUCUACAUAUAAUUGUCGUCAUACUGGGCUUGUUUGGGACUAUUCAGUACAGACCUCGAUAUAUCGUGGUGUAUACAGUAUGGACUGCUCUCUGGGUCACCUGGAAUGUGUUCAUUAUCUGCUUUUAUUUGGAAGUAGGUGGACUCUCUAAGGAUACAGACCUAAUGACGUUCAACAUCUCUGUACACCGGUCAUGGUGGCGAGAACAUGGGCCUGGUUGUGUGCGAAGAGUGCUGCCUCCAUCAGCCCAUGGCCUGAUGGAUGAUUACACAUAUGUCUCCGUCACAGACUGCAUCAUAGACUUCCAGUAUCUAGAGGUCAUCCACAGCGCUGUCCAAAUACUACUGUCUUUGGUUGGUUUUGUGUAUGCCUGUUAUGUGAUCAGUAUUUUCAUGGAAGAAGAAGAUACCUUUGAUUUCAUAGGUGGACUUGAUGCACACUCCUACUACCAGGAUCAUGUUGAGUUAAAGCCUGUUAACCUGUCGAAAUAAGUAAUGACAAUGACUCUGACAUGCGGCUGCUGGACUUGACUUAGGAAGCAAAGCACCACUGACAACACCUAUCUGCAUCCACAGGACUCACAUCUCACCUUCCAGAGAAGGGAUUGCACCUCCCUGCUGUCCCAAGAAUCACAGAGCUCUUCAGUCAGCCCUACGUAUCAUUAUCAUUGUUCCCUAGAUGAGUUGUAGGUGCUUGGGUGGGUAUUUUUUUAGUCCUUUUCUUCUUAAAUGAAUACUUGUAAAUUUCUUUAAAUUUGGGGGUUUUAAUUUUUUAAUGAUAUUUAAUGUGAGGCAUGCGAAAAUGGAAAAACUAUGAAAACCUUCUACAGUCAAUGUUGGUGUGUAUCAUUGAGGUGUGAAGUCAAUAUUGAUGGCUACUGCAAUGACCCUGGCCUGAUGGAGUUUGCAUUAGCAAAAAUGACCUAUGGUUACCAGCCACAGAAGUAGAUACUGUGACAACUGAUAGAUAGCCAUAAAUAGUGGAUCCACAUUCAGAUGGCACAUGGAUCAUUUUUCCAACCUGGAGUCUCCUUUGUCCUUGACUUUUCAACACCCAGAAUAAUAUGGCAAUUUACAUUUUCAGAUUUAUACAAGAUGUCUUGUCCUUCCUGGGUUCUGAAAAAUAUAUAUCAUGAGUGCAUGGAAGAGCAAAAUUAUUAGUAGAAUACCUCUCCCCUUUGGAAAGAAUAUAGGUAUAUCUGAGUUCCAGUUUUCUACUGUUUUUCCCAGUCUUGACACUGGUGUUGGAUCUAAAUAUACAGUUUGUGGGCAUGUGGGUCCAAAAUCACAACCAUAUGUCUGCAAUCAGGAAUGCUGCUCUUGGGGUAUGCAAAAUGAGCAUUAAAGUAGUGGGGGAUUCGCUACACAUACUUUUAAAGAAGAUAUUUAUAUUUGUUCUGCAUCAAAUUUUCUUGCCUACCCUACCCCAAUAACCAAGAAAGUAAUGUGGAAAAAUGGACUAUACUGAAAAUACAUCACAGCUUUCUCCAUUGGUAUGUUUCAGUGACUAUUUCCUAUAUGAAAACAAGUUUUGCUCUCAUUGUAUAACAACCAAGAUGAGGCUUUCUAUAUAGGCCACAAAAUUGUGUCCAUGUGCAUUAUUUAAUACGGGGGUUGUUGACUUGGCCAGUACAUCCCAAACUCAGUCUAUAAAACAUCUAAAGUUGUAUGUGAAAAUUGUAUGUAUUAUGUGCAUAGAGGUAAUUUUUUUUUCCUCUUCUUAUUUAGAAUCCAUAUGAUUGGUAAGAUUUCUCUUGAGAAUGGAACUUAGAGGAAAGUCUUGCUGGAUCCUACCAUUCCUAAUAGCACCCUGGGCUUUCUGGAGGCCUGUUUUACACUCUAGUCCCUGGAGCAUUCCCUUAGGUCAUCUGACAGCCAUGAACUCCAUCACUAUUCAUUCUACUGAAUAAACCCAAAUUCAGAAAGAAGAGGCACUAGUAGGGACCUUGGGGAUGGUCAAAUCUAUGCCACCAUUUCACAUUUGAGGGAGCUGAAGCCUAGGGAUUGACUUGUCUACAGCCCUGCAUUUAUGCAGAGGAGCAAGCACUCGGGCCACAGGUAGGAGAAUGUAAAGGACAGAGGGUGGGAUUUGGGUUCCGGCUUUACUGCAGUGCCGUGGACAAGGUAGGCUACCCCAGCACCUGGGUUUUCAAAUCUGCACAGUGGAACUAUAAUCUCUGCCUCCCUUGGGUGAGAUGAGAAUUAGAUGAAAUGUCAGAACUACUCUACUUUAAAGCAUUCCAUAACUGACAGAGGCAGUUAUUAUUUAGAGUCAGAGCAAUUCACUGAAGCCUGUGUUGGUACACAUGUACCAACGGCUAUGAAAAGCCCAUGGAAACACCAAAUUCCUAAAUUUUCCAGUAGUGGCUUGAAAAAAUUGACCAUGUUCACAUGAUUAGAAAUCAUGCAAACCGAAAAUAGCAUUUCUUAAUUUAAAAUUUACUUUUCUAUUAAACUUGUAAUACAUACUUCUAUGGAGAAAGCUUACAGAAAGUCAAAAACCUAGAAAACCAUGUAGAGAAAAAAUAAAAUCAGUGCUUACAUAUUUAAAUUGUCACUUCAUUAUUCCCUCCAUGCACAGACAAAACAGUUAAUACUUCACACAAUAACACCAUACUAAGUUUUGUUGCCAUUUUAACUUUGCAUGAAUUUGUACAUACUUCUGAGAUGCACUGCAUAUAACAUCUGAAGAGGAAAAAUUACUUAGGUGAUUUUUCUAUGACUAUUAACAUCAACAUUAACAAUAUUGUAAAUGUGUUUCAGGUUUUAAUCUUUCUUCACUUAAAUAAUUAACUUACAACUGUUCCAGUCCCAACCCCAGCAAUCCAUAAUGAGAAUUCUAAAGCUCCAGAAAAUUUUCUACUUAUCAGAAAAAAACUGGAUCUCCCCUAGCCUCUUCUUACUUCUUCUUUCUAUACAUCCUCUUUGUAUUCUUCAGAGGUUCUGCUUAUUCAGACAAAGUCAUGAAAAGGAGUGUAAGGCUGUGCAGUAACACCCAACGUUUCUCCUUAAUCUGGAUAAUUCCAUACUGUCAUGUUGCUGCUUCUUAUGACUGAGUACUCCCAGCUCUUGCAGCUUUGCCUCCUAUUUUAAGGACCCAUUCUGCCUGUACAGUCUCAUCUGCCUGAAUCUUACCAGUCAAAAAAUGUUGCAGAUCCAGGUUAAGUGCUGUCGUCAGAAGUGAGCCUACUAAAACUAAAGAUUAGACAUCAGCUGCCCAGUAGCCCCUAGUGCUCUCUUGAAUGUAGAGGGGGAAAUUUAAAACCAGUGUUAUUUUUCUCUUUGAACCAUCUUGGCAUUCUGUCUUGUAAACCUUAGCCAAAGGUGCCCUGAAGUCCUCUGUCAACAACUUAGCCUUUCUUAAGUAACUUCUGCUGACAUUAUGUAGGACCACAAGAAACUUGUUACUUUCCAGUUUGACUUCUAUUUGUUUCAGCUUCCAGGCAUGUCUCAAAGUCAGCAAAAAUUAAGUAGAGGAUUAGGGAAUUCCCAGAGCACAGAAAAUACCUUGGAGUGUGGAAUAUUCUACAUCAGAGAAAUUUCAUCUCUUAGAAAAGCUCUAAGCUAAUACUUCUCUGAGUAUCUUAGCAUUCUAUUUGCCCUAUUAUGUGAGGGUGUGUGUCCCAGAAAUGAAAAUGUAUGUCCAUACCACUCCAAAUUUGAGAGCUGGCUGUUGGCUUACUUGUUUUGAAGAUAGCUUGACGUCUUGCCCUAGCAAAACAUUGACUUCUUUCUUUUUUCCCUUCAGAGAAUUAAGCCUUGCUAUCUUGUAGACCUAAAUAAGGGAGAUUGCCAGCUUCAAAAGACUGGGUCUAACAAAAUAUAGCAAGGCUGCCAUCUGUCUCACUUAAUGAAUGGGACACUCAUGAUUGAGAGGAAUUUGUCUUCAUUAGGACCAGCUAAAAUGUAUAUUGCCAAGCUGAAGAAAUCCGUCAUGACUGCUAAAUUGUGAAGCAAAUAAAAACUACAAUUGCUCAUUUCAAUCUUUGAAAAUUAGAAAGGAAUCUUGCCAAGAAUAAAUAAUCUUCAUUUUAACCCUAAUUUAAAAAAUUAUAAUGUCUCAAAAUGUGACUCACUAUGAAGUGACUAUUCUGGCUAAUUAUUUCUUAAAGCAAAUACUCACUCAUUAGUUCUGAGUUACUUUAGCAUGUAACUAGGAGAAUUUUUACAGCUGAUUAGAAUUCAAAUAGUCUGAUGACAUUUUAGCCCAAGGUAGUAUCUGUUUUCAAGGGAUAACUGAAUUAAGUAGGAAAAAUACAAAUAUUCACCUUUUUAAACUUAGAAAUGUUGAGUGUCUUUUUUCUUUGUUUCUUACCCAUUUAAGAAUCAUUUGUAACCUGUGCUAGAGAGAAGAUGUUUAGGUUUCUACCAACAGUGUUCAAAUAUUUGUGAUAACUUAAGAAUCACAACUUAAGAAUGGUGUGUUCAAAAGCAGAACUGAUAAAGGAAAAUACUGUUCCUGUAGCUGCACAGUGUGCAGUGCAGAAAGGAAGCAGAUACAUUUUGAAUUUUAGAAAAAUGCAUGCACCAAUAAAGAAUUCUCUAAAAUAGAGAAUUAUCAAAAGAAUUCCAAAUUUGUGGGUAGCAUGUCUUUUCAUCCUCAAAAAGCUUACUCUUUUUACUAAAGGCCAAGAAAAAAAGCACUUCUAGAAAGUGGAUCAAGUUUCUCAAAUAUUGGUAUUCAUAGAAAUAUUUGGUGUCGGGUGAAAAAUUAAUUCUCUUCCUUGGAUGUGCAAGCAUGUUAAGGGCAAGAAUCAUGUUAGACGGUGAAAUAAAAAAAAAUUCAAGGAAUCUAAAAUAGGCUUUGACUUGAACUUGAGAGUUUAAUUAAUUGAGGAAAAAAGGAAUGAAAGUGGGAAGCAAGGAAGGGAGAGAGAAACAGAGGAUGGUAGAGUGAAAAUAAAGAGAAAGAAAGGAAGGGCGAAAUAAAAAGGAAAGAAGGAUCCACAACUGAAAGUCUUCCUAAUUUGCAUUUGACAAUGUCAAUCUUUAACUCAGAAUUAUUGUUCUAUUUUUCUUUGAGUGACAGAAAACAUUGACCCACUUCCCUUUAGGGACACACUUUCCCCCACCCCCUUUUUUUUUUAAAGUUAAGUUUUUCAAAAACAUUCCAAAGAAACCAAUGAUCUAUCUAGUUACUCUAUUCAUAGAACUGCUUUGGUGGGCAACCUUACCAGAAUCUAUUCGUUAGGAUUAACUUUUCUCCCAAGUGGCUAAAAAAAAAAAAAAAAAAAAAAAAAAAACAGUAGUAUAAAUAGGAUAGGGAUCAACAUCUGCUCUUAUUUCAAAAUUCUGGAGAUAGCAAGGAGUUGAGACCUUUGCUGGAUAGCCUCUUGAGACAGGCCCCAUGCUCCUUGUCUCUUGCUGCAUUAUUUUUUGUACUUCUUUUUUAAAUUACUAUUAUCCUAUUUAUUUAUUUUUAUAUCUUUUACAUCAUUGUGUAUUCCCCGUAAAAUUCCCACCACCAAUUCACCCUUGAUCCUUCACCAUAGUCCCUGGUGCUCUUCUCUCCCCUGUUUUGAUCCCUUUUCCUCCCCCUCCCUUGUAGAAUGUCUCUUAUUCAUGGUCACCUACUAGUUUUAUUAUUAUUAUUAUUGUUAUGUUUUUUGCUGAUCCCUUAUUUGGUUCCCUUGCAUUCCUCCUAUCAGUGAAACCAUUCGAUAUUUUUCUUUUUCCUUCUGACUUAUUUCACUGAGCAUGAUCCCUGCUAGCUCCAUCCAUGUUGCUGUGAAUGGCAUGAGUUUAUCUUUUUUAAUUGCUAAAUAGUAUUCCAUUGUGUAUAUAUACCACAUCUUGAUCCAGUCACCUAUUUUGGGGCAUUUGGGUUAUUUCUAUAUCUUACCUAUUAUAAAUAGUGCUGCAAUAAACAUAAGGGUGCUGGUAUCUUUUUGAAUUAAUGCCUUGCUGCAUUGUGCAUCCUCCUAUUCUCAAGAUUACUACAUGACUCAAAGUUCCAACCACUGCUUUUGUAUCCCAGUUAAAAAGAAAGGAACAGAGACAAAGAAGGGUGUUUCUUUCAUUUAAGAAUAUACACACUACUUCUACUUACAUUCCACUGAUCAAAAUUUAGUCCAGACCCUCCCCAGUGGUGCAGCGGGUUGAGCGCCGCACUGUAAAGCUGUCCACAGCCUCUGCAAUGUGGGUUCGAUCCCCGCUGGCUGGAGAGAUUCCCACAAGGUGUGGCAGACCUAUCCUGUCGUGCCUACCGUUCCCCUCAGCAGUGUAUUUCUGUCAUCUGCCUGUUCUGCUCCCUGCUCUGUCUCUGGUGAAUCCUCUCACCCUCCCACGCCUCUGGCCUGUACCCCAAAUUUAGCUACAAGGAAACUGGGAAUUGUAGUCAUUAUUCUUUUUUAUUUUUUAAUUUUAGUUUUAUAUUCCCCAUACAAUUGCAACCCCCUUUCUUGAUGGUUUUGCGUCCAUCUAAAAACCAGGAGCUUCAUGUCUUAGUUUAGAAGGGGAAAUGUAUAUUAAAGAAACCUUAGUAAUCUCUGCCACGCAGUUCAAGCUAGUUGACAUGAUUUCUUGGAAUAAUGUUUUCAUUUAAUUUCAUUAUUUUCAUUAUUAUACAUUAUAGGAAAAAAUGCAUGUAUUCUUCAAUACUAUGAGGAAUUAAUUAUUGACUCUGUGAAAUGAGAAUUUCUACCUCAUAUUUCUGCCUUUCUUUUUAGAAAGAAAAAAAAUAGAUCUAUGAUGCUAGGUCCUUCUAUGUUUUCCAUAAUUCUGCAGAGUAUACUUUAGCCUUUCUUCCCUUUAUAUUUCAAGAACCAAUCUAACAUAUUGCUUGAUCCUCACUACUCUACUACAAUAAAUUAAUUUUUUAUAAUUUAUGAAGUCAUAACUCUGAUUAUUUUAUUUGAUGGCAACUUCUCUUCUGAAUUGAUUAGUAGCAUCAUUAUUUUCUUUUUAUUCCCCUCAACAAGUAUGCUGAGGAAGGUGGGGCAGGACAAGAGAGUGAAAAAUAGAUGAUCCUUCUUUUUCUAUUUUCUCUUAGUAAAACUCAAACCUGUGAUUCCCUUCAUCUGUUUUCUUUCAGCACUUAUUUAUUAUUAAAAUUUGGUGGGUACAUAAUUUUUAGUGUGUCCUAUUUGAUAAUCUACUUCUCUAAGAAAAAAUGCAGUGGAGGGAACUCAUGCAAUUUUUGAAAUCAGAUUUUAUCAUACCUUCCUUCUAGAUUGUGUGUGUGUGUGUGUGUGUGUGAGAGAGAGAGAGAGAG